GGAGUUGCAAAUGAUCAGAUUGGAUCCCAUUGGGAUUAUGAUGAUGAUGACAUAGCUAUGGUCAUGGAUAUCCAAACUCUUCUCUCUGAGUUUGGAGAUUUUGGGGAAUUCUUCGAAAAUGAUGCUUUGCCUUUUGGAGAGUUACCAGGAUGAUUGGCUUAAGACGUCUGCAAGCACCUGAAACUCUGGGAGAAGGCUCCUCUUGAACCAUAUUCUUUACAGAAACCUGUUACUUAUAAUGUUAUAUGUCCAGACAUUGAUCCAUUAACUUCUGCUGCUGCUGAUUAUUUCCAACGACUAGGAGCUGGUGAGUGCGUGGUGUUUUUAUGCUUCAAGUCCAGACAAACUGGUUCUUUAACUUGUGCAUGCAAAGGCAUAUAAGAGUUUUGCUGAAAAUAGGUUUUUAUUAUACCUUGGUUGCGACAAGCUAACUGGUAUUGGGUUGUUGCUGCGUGUAAUAAGUUGAUUAAAUAAAACUUAUUUUUGAUCAAAUGAGGAAAAAAGAAAAUAAUGUCUACCCUCUGUUUUCAAUGCCGCUUAUAUUGAAAGCAGCAUUAUCCUAUAUUAAUAUAAUGAUAGGAGAGUACUUAUAAAAAAAAUAUGAUGAUAGGAGUUGCUCUUAGAUAAAAGGCCUUGUUAUCUACGCUACCUGGAAUCUGGGUUACAUUAAAAUGUAAUGCGUUUCUGGACUUUUAGUUCCUUCAUGAAAUAUAUGCUUUACUAUAUGUUAUUUAUACGUACCAGAUGUUCAUCCUUUCAUUCAGAAUACGUGCUUAUUUUUCGACUUACUGAUGUCAUUUUCCUAUGUCUCUUAAAAGAGAAGACUAAUGGAUUAUUUCUGCAUUUUCUCUACAUAUUUUAUGUUUCUUACAGUCUAUGAGACAUGUAAACUGGGUAGUCAUUCACCACAAAUUUUGGGAGACCAAAUGGAAAUAGAUUCUGCAAAAUGGUCAUCUUCUGGUUUUGUUCUACUUGAUUGUCCUCAGUCAAUGAGGAUAGAAAGCAGUAGCGCAUCUCUCAUGGGCUCAAUAAGCAAUUAUUUUCUCUCUCUUUCCAAUGAUUGGGACUUGAUGAGCUACCUUAAGUCCCUUUCAAAGGCACUAAAAGGCUUGAAACUUAGUCCAUACUCAUCCACAAACCCAAGAGAUGGAAGCUGGGGUCCUUGUAUGGUAAUAUAUGUAGUGUGCUCCUUCCCUGACCCUACUGCAGUUCUACAAACUGUCGUUGAGUCUUCUGUUGCUGUUGGAUCGAUGAUUCUCCAAUCAGACAGGGAGAUCUAUAUUGCACGGUCAGGGAUGUUGAAGGACUGUGUAGGUCCUAGAAUUGAUGUGCAUUCCCUUUCCAGAGAGGGUGACAUUGAUGCUAACCUGAGGACUAGUGCUUGGGAUAAUUCUUGGCAGACAACAAGGACUGGAGGAUUAAGUUGUGAGUCAGUUAGAAGGGGGUAUUUUCAAGAUGAAAUUCAUUACAUGUUUGAACCUCUUUUUAUUCUUGCUGAACCUGGUUCUAUAGAACAUGGGAUUUCACCCGCAAUUUCUGGUAAUAUGGUGUCAGAACCUGCAAAGCCAUUGUCUGAUGAUAGCAGUGGAGGCUUUAUGCAGGGUUUAAGUUCAGCAGGAAGUGCCAACGCUGGAUCAUGCUCCCAACUUGAUGGAUCUGAAACUUAUGGCUUUGGGUUUAGCCAACAAAAGACCCCUCCAAGUCUACAUUGUUGUUAUGGGUGGACAGAGGAUUGGCGUUGGCUAGUAUGCAUCUGGACCGAUUCAAGGGGAGAAUUGCUUGACAGCCAUGUAUUCCCCUUUGGUGGAAUCAGCAGCAGGCAGGACACUAAGGGUUUGCAAUGCCUUUUCGUUCAAGUUCUGCAGCAAGGCUGUCAGAUACUUCAGGCAUGCUCUUCUCCUGAUAUUGGUGUUGCCAAGCCUAGAGAUUUUGUGAUUGUGCGCAUUGGGAGUUUCUUUGAACUCGAACACCUAGAGUGGCAAAAUGCCAUUAAUUCAAUUGGAGGUUCUGAGGUGAAAAAAUGGCCCCUGCAACUUCAACGAUCUUUGCGUGAUGGAAUUCCUGCAAGCAGUAAUAGUACUUCCUUAGAGCAACAGGAGUGGAGUUUGAUUCAAGAGACCCUACCUUAUGCUAAAGCUUCUGGCUUUAUUAAAGGCGAUUUAGGAAAACCUGCUGCAAGAAAGAAGCCUAUGGGUGGGCAGACACUGGUUGACUGCUCAAGGGGCUUGCUUAAGUGGGUGCAGAGCAUUAGUUUUGUUGCAAUUUCAGUUGACCAUUCUUUAAAUCUAGUUUCUCAAGCAGAUUCAUCAUCUCCCGAAGGUACUCAAGGUGGCGUUGGCAUGGGGCCAUCAGGCUAUUCUGUACAGUCCCUUGGUUCUACAUUUGCUUCAUACAUUCUGAUCCCAUCACCCAGCAUGCACUCUCUCCCUGCAACACCUCUACAGCUCCCAGCGUGUCUCACUACAGAAUCACCUCCCCUGGCCCAUCUCCUGCACAGCAAGGGCCCUGCAAUUCCACUUUCCACUGGUUUUGUAGCUUCAAAAGCAGUACCUUCCAUGAGGAAAGACUAUAGAAGCAACUUGAAAGAAGAAUGGCCAUCAGUUCUUUGUAUCAACCUUAUUGAUUAUUACGGAGGCACUCGCAUUAUCCAAGGCAUGUUUGUUGGAGGUGUUAAUAAACAGGACGGUAGGAGUUUAAGCACUGAGGCUAAAGAUUUCGAAAUUGAGACCCAUUUAGUUCUUGAGUCUGUUGCUGCAGAGCUUCAUGCACUAUCUUGGAUGACUGUUAGUCCAGCAUACUUAGAGCGACAGACUGCACUGCCGAUCCAUUGUGACAUGGUUUUAAGACUGAGAAGGCUACUUCAGUUUGUUGAUAAAGAGCUCUCUCGGCAGCCGAAGAAGUUGCAUCUGUAAGUUAAAACAUUAUCAAAGUAAGAGAUGACUUUUUAGGCUUAUUUUUAGCGGAGACUUUUAUAGUUUUAUAGAGAGAUGAAUUCAAAACAAGCAUUGAAUCGGCUGGGCUAUAGUCCGUCUGGUGUUGUAUUUCAAUGCACAAGAUUAUAGCAUGUAAUCUGUGUAUGUUAUCUUUGCCCACUGAUCCCGGUGUUCAUAAAAAUUCAAAGGUGAUUAGAAAAAUUUCAGUUUGUGGCUAUUUUUAAGUUGAAAAGUUUGAAGAUAUUCAGUAA